AUGGCUAAUUCUCGAUAUGAGUAUGUCAGGCAGUUCGAGAGAGAAAACUUUCUACUUCCUGACACCUAUAUCAUUGUGCGGGUCGAUGGAAAAGGGUUUCAUAAGUUUAGCGACUACUAUAAGUUUGCAAAACCAAAUGAUGUUGGUGCUUUGGAGGUGAUGAACGAAGCAGCUUUGCAUGUAUUUAAGCAAAUUUCUGACAUUGUUAUGGCAUACGGUGACUCUGAUGAGUAUUCUUUCUUACUAAGGAAAAAAUGUUCCCUUUAUGAGAGGCGAGAGAUGAAAAUUGUCACUUUAUUUGCAGCAACUAUGGCCGCUGCUUACCAGCAUAUAUGGAACACAAAGUUUCCUGAAAAGCCACUUCAGUUAGAGAGGCUUCCCAUAUUCGAUGCUAGGGCAGUUGUGUAUCCUUCCAUGGAACAUGUAUCAGAUUACUUUAGAUGGCGCCAAGUUGAUUGUCAUAUUAAUAAUUUGUACAAUACUACAUUUUGGGCAUUGGUACUGAAAGGUGGAAUGAGUCCUAAAGAAGCCGAAAACCGGCUUAUAGGAACGGUUUCCAGUGACAAAAACGAAAUUUUGUUCAAAGAGUUCGGUAUCAACUAUAAUAAUGAACCAGAAAUAUUUAAGAAAGGCACGGUCAUUGUACGAGAAUAUCAAGAAUCUGUCGACGAAUCUCAAUUGUCACAGCGACAGAAACAGAGGUAUGAAAAGAAGCGUGGUAAAGCUUCAAUCAUGGUCCAUCAUAUAGACUUGAUCAAGAACGAUUUUUGGGACAGUAGGCCAUGGCUACAAAAUUAG